CUGCUGCCGUCCUGGGUCUAAAGCAAAAUUACCCCAGAUCAUAACAACAGGUCCCGUCCAUUACAUUUUUUUUCCUCGGGACAAUGGCUGCAGCUGGCCCUGUUCACACUUAGUACACACGCGGAUCCCACCGAGCGGAGCACGGAGCAAAGCCCGCGGUACGCGCUGAAGGCAAACGACUGGAUGUGUAGAUAUGGAUAUUUAUGAAAGCGACUAUUCGUGGAUUCUACCUCGGACUAUUUUAAACUUCCACGUUGAGUUUUUCCUCAUCUUAGGCGGACACGUUUCUUCUUUUGCCCACGCCGAUCGGUAGCGUGCGUAGUAUUGUGCGUAAUUUGUGCGUAAAGUUGGGCUUCAUACGUCGCUGGGCGAAAUGAAGAUAUCACUACAUUAUUUAUGAUCCUUGCAACUUUUAUAGUGACAAUAUGCGCAGUCUUGCGAGCCUGCCUGUUUUGUAAUCGCACAAUCAAAGUGGGAAAAUUGCUCUUUCAUAGCCUCGCAGCCUUUGUUUGCUGCGACAAAAGGACGACGACUGUAUAUCUGGAGCAACUUUUUAGAGUUUUUGUACAAUAACCUUUGCAUAACAACUAUUUUUCUCAAGCGCUGCCUGCGGCACUGCGCAUGCGCGCUGGCUGCUCGCUGUCACUAAGACAUUUUUCUUCACGUUGGAAACUGUCACUGGUGACGUCAAUCACGGAGCUCUGACCAAUUAGAGCGCAGGGUGAUUGUUUAGCUCCACGGGCUGCAGCGCCUACCAUGAAUCUCUAUUCAGUAUCAAAGCGUCCUGCUGCUGCCUCUCAACCGAAUGGGAUUCCAUGUAGUCUGCAGAUAGACUUAACUUUAUGAAGUUUUUUUUUCUUUAUUUUUCAUCGCGAUUAAAAUAUAUUUGUCAUCAUCAUUAUUAUUUUGCCUGCUGUCAAGUUAUUCUAAAAUUAGUUAGUAAUGAGCGUGGAUGCUUUGGGAAGCCCCGUGAUGGACCCUACGUUUUCCAAACGGAACACGGCGCUGAGAUUAGUUGACUUGGCAGGGGCUCACCACCAUCACCAUCAUCACCACCAUACCCCUCAGAGCGUGACAGGCUUCCCGGGGUUCAGCAGCCAUCCACACUCAAUGGCUCACUCGCACCCUGGGGAGAUUACUGCGGAACCCCGCCUGGGGCCGAGUCCAUUCGGGCCAGAACACAUGGGGCACUCCGCGGCCCUCAAAAUCAGCCCAGCCCAUCAUUAUCCCCACCACCAUCACCACCACCACAAUCAUCAUAUGGCAGGCCACAGCGAAGUGGUCUCCAGUCAAACAGGAGCUUUUGGCCCGGUUCAGGCGACAUCGGUCCCUUAUUCUAUGUCUCACACGGCCCAGGCUCUAUCCGCAGGCAGGGAUUUUCUCAUCCGGAGAGAUCUGACAGCUCAAGCCAUGCCGGUACUGACUGACCAGACUGCUGGUUCAGCCUCACACCACGGAAUGUUCGUCUCAACAACAGGUAGCUAUCCCGGACACUAUGGUCAUCACCCCGACGCUGGGAACCAUACCCUCUUCUCCGGACUCCAUCACGACCAGCCUUCGAGCGGAUCACCGGGUGGCCAGGCGUUGAAUGGACAAAUAAGGUUAGGACUACCUGGAGAAAUGUAUGUUAGGUCUGAUCACUUGAGUCAAGUGGCAAGCUCCAGGGCUGAUCCGUUCUCCGCCUCGCCUUUGCAUGGCUACGGUGGGCUGAAUCUAAACAUGAAUCUGAGCGCUCACCACCACCACGGAGCCGGCGCGUUUUUCCGCUACAUGAGGCAGCCGAUAAAGCAAGAGCUGAUAUGCAAGUGGCUGGAGCCGGAGCACUCGCCGAAGAAACUUUGCUCCAAAACUUACAGCACCAUGCACGAACUCGUGACGCAUGUGACGGUGGAACACGUCGGAGGACCGGAGCAGGCGAACCACAUAUGUUUCUGGGAAGAGUGUCCGAGGGAAGGCAAACCAUUCAAAGCGAAGUACAAACUUGUGAAUCACAUUCGAGUGCACACCGGUGAGAAACCGUUUCCAUGCCCGUUCCCCGGCUGUGGAAAAGUGUUCGCAAGAUCAGAGAACCUUAAGAUUCACAAAAGGACGCACACUGGUGAGAAGCCCUUCAAAUGCGAGUUUGACGGCUGCGACAGACGCUUCGCCAACAGCAGUGACAGGAAAAAGCACUCUCACGUCCACACCAGCGAUAAGCCCUACAACUGCAAAGUACGAGGCUGCGAUAAGUCCUACACGCACCCCAGCUCCCUGAGGAAACACAUGAAGGUGCACUGCAAGUCCCCCCCGCCCAGCUCGGGCUACGAGUCGUCCACCCCGUCCCUGGUGUCGCCCUCCUCAGACUUGGGCCGGGAGCCAGGGGGCUCCUCGGUGCUGUCAGAGCCGGUGGGCUCCUCGCAGCCCGCAAACCUAAGCGAAUGGUACGUGUGUCACAGUUCGGGUGCCAGCGGCGCCCAAACACCACCCAGCGGGCCGUCCACGCCAGACCCCGCCGACGAGCCGCCAUACCGAAACCCAGAGCCGAGGGACGCGUUCUAACGCGGCUGGACUCGAGCGCGCGGUGCCAGAAGUGGCAGAAACACGUUUGAGAAGCCGAACUAUUAAAAAUGGCUUGGCUUUGGUGCCUGUGCCCGUGAAGCUCCACUGGUCCCUUGUUUUUGGGCGAGCCACCAAACAGACCCCCAGAGCCAACACGCGCAUUCUGACCGCAAAUGGGAGAAAAGUGUACAAACCUUAGAGACGUGCUAAUUCUCAGGCACAAAAUGAUAUAUUUUCAAACCCCAGCUAUUCAAAGUGGAUGGCUCGGUGCCUGUGCGCCCUGACGGCCCAGCGGUCCACUUGGGGAGAGUCGUGUAAAUCCGUUAGACUGUGUGGUACGUCAUCUUAGGCUAGGCAUGUUGGUGUAAAGUUAUUUUGUAAAUUCGAGUUUCGACUUCAAUAUGUUUUUAUUUAUUUUUCAAUCUGAUAUUGAAGGAUUUUCUAUUAUCGAACCAAAGUGCAUGUUUGAAUUAGGGCAAAAUGUACAUUUGUAAAUUUUGUAAGUUUCGAUGUGUUGAUGUUGAUAGUUUUGUAAGGAUCUGUCUCAGAGCGGUUUCUCGUCGAUGACUGCCGUUAUUUGUACAAACAUUUUACGUUUACAGCAUUUUUUUUCCAUUUGUGCAAAAGGUCAACGAUUGGACUGUUGCAUAAUUCUGCAGUAUUUGAUAUACAACCGUGAAAUUCUAAAUGUUUUAUUCAAGUGAAAAUUUUGUGAUUUUGUAUCAUUGUCGUCAAUAUGUUUUUUUUUUCCCUUUUUGAAUAUUUGCAAAUGAGCUGCACUCAAAAUGCGAACCGAAUUGCCUUGUAAUUUGUGAGUAUUUGGAAUAAAUCUUGUAUGACUAAAGUGAAAA